AUCCUGAUGCGCAUUUGGGUCAUUAUACGUCUUGGAUGGAUUUGCAUGGCGCAUCUGAUGCUUUGAGAUGUCGGAUGUUUUCCCUCACAUUGGGACCGCGGGCACAAAAAUGGUACUACACUCUACCACCUCAUUCAAUAUGGAAGUGGCAACAGUUACGUGCAGCCUUCCGAUCACAUUUUAUCGGGGCUCAAGUUUGUCUCAUCCCGAAAGAAUCAAUAACUAACAUCGUACACAAGGACAAUAUAUCUCGGUUCAAUGACCAAAUUCAAAAUAUAGAACCUUGCCAUCCCGAGACUUUGUUGGUAACCGCAAUUGUUGGGUUAAAGCUUAAUUCUAUGUUUCGUUGGACUCUUUGUCAAAACAAGCCGGCUACCUUUCAAGAAUUCCUCUCCGAACCGGAGACAAAGAAAAAGAAUAAGAAGAACUUUGGAAAAACUCAAUAUCGGGGUUAUUCGAAAGGUUAUGAAGACACUCCCGAAUCUAAAGCUGCCCGAUAUCAGUAUGCCGACAAUGUAAGAACAGGUUACCAAACAGUUUAUUCAGCUGGAGCAGCCACUAUUUUUGAAGAACUGGAAGGAAAAGGAAUCAUCCCCGACCCAAAACCUGUGAGAACUCCUGAAGAUAAGCUUGACAAAACUCGUUAUUGUGCGUACCAUAAGUCCCCAGGACAUAAUACCGAGGAGU